AUGAGCAGAAGGCCUUGUAGUAGUAAAUACGAUAGUAAUGGAAACAAGAAGUUGGAAGACGUAGCCAUGAGUGAUAUUAGCAAAACUUUCUAUUCUCUUAAUCAUCAUUUUGCAAAUGGGGGACAAUGUGAGUUUAGAUUCUUGAUGGGAUUAAGUUGACAUGUUUUAGAUAGUUUUUGUCAUAUUUUACUAUAGCAUUUAUUUAUUGAACUAAGUUAUGUGUUUAUUUUAUAUAUUUUUACUGACGUUGUUGCAGGCCAAGUGUAUCAUUGUCGUUUCAAUGAGGAGACAGCUGUAAUAAAGGUCUACAAACAACGUCGAUCUAACGCAGUUGAUCGAGAGGUAGGCUGUUUUGAGUUAGUAUUCUUUUUUGAAGUUUAAGAGCUCAGGUUUUGUUGAUUAUGAGGAGUUGAACAAAGUAAAAUAAGUUAUAUUUUUGGAAAUAUUAUUUGUAAUGCUUUUUGAAAAGUAAAAUACGUUGUGUUUUAUGUCGAAUUGUAUGAGUAAUAGUAAAUCGAAUCAAUUAGGUGGGUUUUGUAGUUUUUAUUGAGGAUGACUUUUAAUAUUUAUUAUAGCUGUUCGCAGUGAAACACUUGACACAAUUCUUCAAUAAGUGUGGGCUAAAGUUCAGUCCACAAUACUAUGACGAAGGUUUUACUCGACAAAGGUAUCCAUUCAUUGUGUCCGAACGACUGGGAAGAUGUAUUCGGGAAAUCAACGAUUACAAUCGAAUUUACACGGUCGGUACUGUCCUGAGGAUUGCCAUGAAGGUCGGUUUUACAUUGCAAUAUGGUCUUAGCUUGUUGCUAUACCUUUAUUAAGAGACAAUUUGAAUAUUUUUCAAUUAUUGUGCAAAAGAAAUGUAUUUUUAUAGUGUAAAUUAAAGUUUUAGUCGCUGAACAACCUUCGACUCAUUCACGCCGCAGGAUUCGUGGUCAGAGAUGUCAAGUCGGCCAACUUUUGUUUCCAAAGAGGAUUCCAUGAACGAGACUACAAUGUCGUUUGUUGUGACUUUGGCUACGCAACCCAAGCGGCACAAGUUGGACUAGACAUUAAUGUUAUCAAUUCGAUGGAAAAAUAUAGAAGAGGAUACGUGUUUGGCACUUAUGCUUACGCUCCAAUAGCCGCUCAUUAUAUAGUAGGUAUUUUGAUAUAUUAACUGCGAAUUUAACAGCGUUAGGUUGAAUUAAAAAUGCAGCUUAUUAAGGGUAUAAGGUUAGAGUCCUGAACCGUGAUGGUUUAAUUUUGGUUUAUUAAUGCCUUUAUAGUUGUAUCUUAAUGUCUAAUUAACUGUGUUUUUCCAGAACGUUGAUCAAGUUCCAUUUGACGAUAUGGAAUCUUGGUUUUACAUGGUUCUUCACCUACUUAAGUUCAGAAGAGGAUUUGACAGUCUUGAGGAGAAGUAUGACUUCUGGCUGAAUCCAACGCCAAAUCUUGGAAUGUAAGUGACAUUCUUUUUAAUCUUUUUUUUGAAAAAUGGAUAAUAUAUUUUUAAUGAUUUAUUGAAUUCUUCAGCUUGGACGAGUUGUUCUUCUUCAUGAGAAAUCUAAGAAGGUCCCAGCCUUUUCCAUACGAAGAAGUUAUGCACAUAUUAAGGCGUGCUCAAGCGAUUUUGCCCUUCAAAGAUCCAACUGAAGAACCGUAUUUGGUGACUCCGGUAAGUAAAAGAUGGCUUUUUACUGUACCAAUUGUGAAAUGGGUUUUAAGGAAUAAAAAGUUUAAAGUCAGUAGAAUUUUUGAUUUUUAAACUGAACAUGAUGUACUUUUGAUUUGUUACCUUGUAUAUAAGCCAUUGAUAUAGUACCUUAAUACCUUAACUAUGUGUUUUUUAGGAAGACAAGGCGCACAUUCGCACAUUGUUCCCCGACUACAACAUGGUCUACGAGAAACGACAGACUAGCGAAAAGUGA